AGGGAAAAAUAUGUGCAAAAAAAUUGUCAUUUUUUUUUCUAAAUUUCCUGCAAUUUCGUGAAAAAAGUGCGUUUUAUCGUGGAAAUACGGGAAAAACAGCUCAAUAAAGUCCAGAAGACACAAAAAAGGAAGAAGAAACAAAGAGAAAGAGGACAGGAAGAGGAAUAUUAUGCCCUCGGGUGAAGUUGGAAAAGGAUAAAAGUUGGAAGAAUGUUUCUCAUAAUUGGAUUGUGUAUCCUGACCACUGUAAGAUCAUCAUUGGGCACAUCAGCACCAGACGCAGCAGAUCUCCCUGGUGGUUUUGACAGGAGUAACCCCCUGGUGUUGGAGGAUUUGGUGGAUGAGGCACUUCCGGAAGUACAGAAGCAUCUUGUGUCUUCACCCAGUAUCCUAGACUUUGGGGAUCAGAGUCUAGGAAGUCCGCAGACACGUCUCGUGACGCUGAUGAACAACAACAACAAUCGUAGUGUCUUUCUGGAUGCAAUUGUAACCACAGCGGACGGGGACACGGGUGUUUUCUUUACGUCCUUUGUGGAGAAGGUGAUUCUUCCACUCAGCAACAUCACAUUCAAUGUGGUUUUCCUGCCAAAGAGGCACGGGUAUGUGGCCACUGAUCUCCUCAUUCACACCACUUUCGGGCUCUUUAAGUAUCCCGUGAGGGGUCGUGGGAUUGAGUGCCCCUAUCGCCUGGUACCGCUUGUUGGCAUAAAGGCCCCCUUCAACGCCACAAUUUCCCCGGAAAUUCAUCUCUUUAAUCCCCACGAUAGACCCAUUCAAAUUGUGGAGAUUUUCUCCAGCGGUGGACACUUCCAACUGGAAUUGCCAAGUGGUGGCAAUGAGGGGCCCCAGGUGCUCUGGGAGAUACCACCAUUGUGCUCAAAGCCCAUUAUUCGGGUUAAAUUCGUUGGAAUAACACCCGGAAACUACACGGCAUACGUGAGGAUUAAGAUAACAGGCCAGGACACCCAACUUGCCGAGAAAGUCCUCGUGGUGCCCAUAGAGGUUGAAGUUGGUCGUGAAAGGGGCAUUUACUCACCACAGAGCCUCCUCAAUUUGGGUCUCCAUGGCUCCACGGAUAGAGUAUCCGUGUUCCGGGUGAAUCUCUUGCAUUCUGAAGCAGAGAGGGUAUCUGGAGUAAAGGUGACGAAUCUACGAGGGGACAAUGAGAUCACCAAUAGAAGUUUGUCACUGCAAAUUGACGAGGAUGCACGACAGCAAUGGUUGGUCGUGGAGGUGAAUUGGGCUAAAGUGUGGUCCCCAUACUUGAUGGGAAACAUUGUAAUAUCAACUGAGGAGAAUGGAGAACCGCAGCUGCAGUACUACAUGCCCAUUUUUGGGCUGUUGCUCAAUGGAUCUGCCCAACAUUCGGGCAAUAUCACCAUCCUACUGAGCAACAAGAGUAAUCUAGCCAAGAUCCAUGAGUACACUUUCACGAAUAAAUUCACCGUGCCAUUGAUGGUCACCAGCGUGAGUGUGGCUGAGGGUAUUGGGACGCAUCAUCUGCGACUGAUGGACUUCAAUAAGGUGCUCCUAGCACCGGAUGAUUCCGUGACACUUUUUCGGGUGCAAUUUGUCAAUUAUACAUUGCCACUCCCGCGGAAUUUUUCGGUGUUAUCGGAAAUUCGAGUUGUCACAAAUGCAACCAUUUACACGAUUCCCGUUUACUGCUUCACGGGGUUCCUGCGGCGUGUUGUACCCGUGUAUGAUGGUGUGAAUACAAUGCACGACGAUGAGGGAGCUCUGGAUUUUGGAACUGUACCCGUUUCGACGUCCUUUGAUUCGAAUAUUGCAUUUGUGAAUGAGAAUCCUGUUACGGUUUCCAUCAAAGGAUGGACUGGGAAGCUAACAAGCUCCGCAUCGUACAGCAUUAUUCUACUUGGAUGCUCAGACGGGGCGUCAUUCGCCAACUUGGCUAUUUGUUCGGAGUUAGAACCCCGACAAUGGAUGGUGUUUCAGAUUACUGUGAAAAGCUACGGUGUUGGCAACUAUACGGGGCAAUUGAUUGUCAAUACGGAUUACGAGGAGAUUGUGACGCCAAUCUACAUGACUGCUGAAAUGGGUGGAUUGGCGCUCGAUCAGGAGCUACUGAACUUCAAAGAUUGCUUUCCGGAAAAAAUUUGUUCAUUGAACUUAAGUGCACAUUCCACAUUCAUGAAGCCAAUGCAGGUGGAAGCAAUUAGCGUAAUAGAUGGUAUAAUCAAUUACGAAUAUGCAACAGAUGAGGAUGUUCUCCCGGAGAUACCUCCGAAUGUAAUAACAAACAUUGGACGUUUGUACUUUGACCCAAAAGGUCUGUGUGGUGAAUACUGCUACACAGGUAGUCAGGUGAGCAACAAGAUUCAUCCAAAAAAGUCCAGCUCACUCGUUAACUACUCACACUACACGAAGCUGGACAAGGAUGUUUUGGCAUUUCGGAUAAAAUCCUUUUAUAAGAUGCGCUCCUCAAUUCAGAGCAUCCCCUUUAAGUUGUCAACGAGUCAGAUAAAGCGGUAUGAUUUUGUGGCAAGUGUCAACUUUGUAUGGCCACACUUGGUGGUGGAACAGGUGGAAUUUGAAGCGACACAAAUUGGUCAUGAUACAGUGAAGUUCAUCACGGUGGAGAACCCAUCGGAUCAGCUCCUUAUAACGCAGUACUUUCUGCAUGAUUCCCAAGUUCAUGGGCAUGAUGUUGAGCUACCACCGGAAGUUAUAACACCCUGCCCGACGUGUGUGUUGGCCAAGGAGAAGCUCUUUGCUUUCCAUUCGUUCUUCUCGACGUCAUCCACGCUGGAGAAUUACUUUGAUCACAUUCCACCGCGUGGGAAUAGCAAAGUAGCCAUUAGGUUCCAAUCGCCACGACCAGGGAUCUUUUCCACGUUGCUUUUUAUACGGAAUAAUCUCACAAUAUUGGAAGCUGUGUGGCUAACGGCUAAGGCGGUGGUGCCACAACUUAAGUUUGGUAAUCGACGACCUGGUUCCCAGACGCCGCUUUUGUUUGAAUUCACAGACAAACAUUUCAAGAUGUGUGCCGAUGAGAUGGCGGAUCGCGAGAAGAGGUUUGAUGAGAAUAAGGAGCACGCUCAUGAAGUUCCUCGAGCAAUUAUUACAAUGAAAAGGAGCUUCACGGCAAGGAAUAGUGGGGAAGUUCCCAUUAUGAUCAAAGCGAUCCGUAUUGGAGCUGAAUUGUGUGAAGGUUAUGGAUUCAAGGUGCUGAAUUGCUCUGAAUUUGAGCUCGUACCAAAUGCAUCGAGAAAGAUUGAGAUUUCUUUUACACCCGAUUUCACCCUAUCACGCAUAACGCGUCCUCUGAUCCUGGAGACGAAUACUGGGUAUCCUGUGAACUAUACAUUGUUAAGCACAAUCCCAGCAGAGGUUGUGGCUAUGUGCCAUCGCGCCUUAGGUCGCCCAUGGUGGGAGAGUACACUGAAGCAGGGAACGAUCGUUGUAGCUGGCCUAGUUCUCAUUGGGGUAAUAGUUGUUGGAUUUAAGGAAUCAGACGGCAUCAUGCAGGCACAUCUGUUUGGAAUGCUAAAGGUGAAAGUUCUCCAAGCUCCGUUGGAUUUGAAGAAAAUCAACACAAAGAAUCCAUUUGGUGAAGAGAGUCCUGCUCCGACGUUGUCAACAAAUACUCAAUCAACAAAAACAACAAAUUUCCUCAAUAUGAACACGAAGAAGAAACUUGGGAAGAAGAUACCCGUUGGUGAGGUGAAUCCUCUCAAUUUUAACACCAAAUUUGACUUAUCAAUGAAGAGUGAUCACGGCAAGCAGGACACAUCAGCUGAUAAGAAGGAAAAGGGAGAGAAUCGAAAGUAUCAGACUCUGGAAACGUGUGAAAUUAAUUCAAUUAUGAAAUCCCAAAAAUCUCUUUCACCAAAUUCAACGGUUAGAAAUGAAAGUAAGGCCCCGUUGAAGAGAUCCCUGACACCUCCGAGUCCACCUCAGCGUGAAUUAACACGAAAGGAUGGACGGGAGGAAGAAUUGGAGGAGAAGCAGAAGACUCCCCAACCUCUACUCAAGAUCGUUGAGGUGACUCCACCGGUUACGCGGAAAUGCAUCAAGCAAACUGUGAAGAAAACAAAGAGUCUGCCCGUAACGAAUAAUGAUGCAUCUGCAUUACCAAAUCUUCUACCCAGCCUACAAACUAAAAUACCAGAAACUAAAAUUCUUCCGUCAAAACUCACCUUGAAAGAAGAAGUGAAUACAGUCGAGCGACACUUGACACCGACAAUUGUGGAGCCUCCGCCAUCGUCACCGAGUCCUGAUGUAACUUCUGAGUCUCAAAAUGGAUUACUUAAUGAAAUUAUACGGCCAAAGAGAUACGGAAAGACCCCGGGACGAGAGAGACGUUCACGUGUAACAAAACGCAACAGCAUCACAAAGCCACAGUAUAAAGCAUCAUUGAUUUCUCCGGCUGAAAGUGCUUCUGAACAACCAAUUUCUAACAUUUGGGAUGAGAAACGUGCUUCCUUCAGCUAUGUUGUGGCUCAGAAUCCUCCGGCAACGCCCGAAAUGGUUCCCCAAGAAAAAAUCUCCAUGGAUUUUGGAGCUUUUGGCGAGUCUCAGGCGACUGCACCGGUGGAUGUUCCACGGAGUGAACCUGUGUUGAGUAGUGCUGCAGCAAGUUCCGUUUGGAAAGUGAAUGAUUUGGGUCCGAUUGGCACAAAGAAGCCAACAAGAACGGCUAAUUCAUCGUGGGUUGAUGUGGAUACAAUUCGGAAGCCCUUGGCACAGGAUAAUUUCAAUUUGGAAGCUCUGACUGCGGCGCAUAGUAAUUCGUCAUUCUACAGUGGAUCUACGUCGGUUCUGGAAACGUAUCUAAUGGAAAAACUUCAGUAUGCUCGUGAAAAGCAAAUGGCCAGCAAUCCGGGGAAUUUCCUCUACGCUAAGGACACGCAUCAGCAGAAGGUUGAGGAACCAAUUAAUGAUUGUGAGUGGAAUGGUGGGAACUUUUGGAAUCCUCCCCAUGCGGCUAAUGGAAUGGGACAACAGUCACAGUGGGUGAGUCAGAGUCCAAUUCGUCGUCCACCGCCGGGUUUGGAUUUCCUUCAGCGGAACAACAGUAAUUCGCUCUUUAUGAAUGGAGUUGGGGCAAAUGAUGAGAAUUACAAUUCUAUGCCAACUUAUGAGUUGUUCAGCUCACCGUGGGAGCAUGAGGUGACGUCCAAUAUCUGGCACAGAGGCGGACAGAAUUAUCACAAAAAGCAACAGCAGUAGAUUGAUGAUUGUCCAGCAACAACAUCAUCUACUCCCUAUUCGUGAAUAAUGUGAAAUUCCUCGGAAGACUGUGUGCUGCAGAAUCCACUCUUCUAUGGUGUUGAAUGGCUACAAAAAAUCCCUUUUCGAGGUUGUAUUUGAUGUGAAAUAUUGAAAUAAUCAUUACAGUUUAAAAAAAAAUGUAAUACAAUACAUAAUGUACAUGAAUUACUAUGCUGACGAAACACUCACAAUUUGAGCAUUAUUAAUGAAUAUAAAAUCAUCAGAGAAGUAAA